CAAGAUAUUUAAAUCUCUUAAUUAGUUUAUGUUGUUGACUAGAGAUUACACUAUUCUUCUCCUCGACCAUCUGAACAUUUCUACUUUUAUGUUCUUUUAUCAAAAUCUUUAUAACUCCCUAUAUACCUUUUUCUUUACCAAAAAGCCUAUUCUGAACCCUCCCUCCCCUCUCUUUUUAUACACAUGACUACAUGCAAAUCAUAAGGCACUCAUGAGAUAAUCACAACACAAUCCUUUUAAGCUUCAUUUUCUCUCUUUUCAAGAAACCCUUUUUGAGUUUUUUCUUCUUCUUUUUUUCAGUUCAAAACAGAUAUGAGGGACACAGUAGUUUCAACAGUCCCUGAUCUUUCUUUACAGAUCAGCUUGCCGUCGCGCAUUUUAAAAAAUGAUCAGUUCAAUUGCACGACGGAUUCUGGUAGCAGUGCUAGUGGGGGAAGCGAUUUGAGCCACGAAAAUAACGGAUUUUUUCACCCGGAGAUCAAACAAGGGUUUAAUCUUCCGUUGAUUCCCUCUUUUGAGCCGACCCUGAGUCUAGGGUUCGCGCAAGUACCAAUAGGCAGAAACGUUCAAUAUCAUCACAACCAUCACCAGCAUCAUCAGCCACAAAUAUACGGCCGCGAUUUCAAGAGAAGUUCGAGAUUGAUUAGUGGGGUGAAAAGAAGCGUUAGAGCUCCUAGAAUGAGAUGGACUUCAACUCUACAUGCUCAUUUUGUUCAUGCCGUUCAACUCCUAGGUGGACACGAACGAGCAACACCAAAAUCCGUGCUAGAGUUGAUGAAUGUGAAGGAUCUAACCUUAGCUCAUGUGAAGAGUCACUUACAGAUGUAUAGAACAGUGAAGAGCACUGACAAAGCUACAGUUAAAGGGCAGGGAGAGAAUAUAUUUAUGAACCAAAACAAUGGGAUUAAUAAUGGUGAAUAUGAAAAAUCUUGUGAGGAGAUUGAUGCAUUAUCACAACCAAGCACAAUACCAGAAAAUUUGGCUCAUAUGAGCAGGGAUCCGUCGUCAUUCAUGCCUGAUCAGACAAAUGCAUGGAGCCACUCAAAUAGAGAAAGGACAUUUGCUAAUUAUCCUCACAGCUACUCAAAAAAUAUGCAUGGAAUUGAGACAGCCCAUAACUCAUCUUCAAAUGAUACAUUGCUUGAUCUUGAAUUUACACUAGGAAGACCAAGCUGGAAACUGGGACAAGCUGGAUCAUCCUCUAAUGAUUCGACUCUUCUCAAGUGCUAAAUAAUUUGGAUCAUGUAGAGUAAUUAAAAUUAAUUAAGUUGACCUAGUUAUUAGUUAUAGUUUUCUCUGUACGUGACAAUUUUGUCUUGACCAAAAAAGGUAAAAGCUUUUAGUUGAUUUUGCUAAAUCAUUUUAAGUAAGGUUAGGUGACAAAUUUGAUGUGUCUAAUGAUUUCCUUCCACUGAGAAUAUGUAUAAUUAUUCUGUGAUGGGAAAUUAAGGCUCCACUACUAUGAUUUUGACCAUGUUUAGAAGCUUCAGGCUCAAAAAUUAAGGAUUGGAAAUUGUUUUGAGAUAUAUCUGGUCUGGCAUAUCACAAAAUAAUA